ACCAUGCCGUUAGUAACGAGGAACAUUGAGCCAAGGCACCUGUGCCGUCAGACGUUGCCUAGCGUUCGAAGCGAGCUGGAAUGCAUGACCAACAUCACCCUGGCAAAUGUCAUUCGACAGCUGGGCAGCCUGAGUAAAUUUGCAGAAGACAUAUUUGGAGAGUUGUUUACUCAAGCCAACACCUUUGCCUCUCGGGUGAGCGUUCUAGUCGAGAGAGUUGACCGCUUGCAAGUCAAAGUCACUCAGCUGGAUCCCAAAGAGGAAGAAGUCUCCCUGCAAGGCAUUAACACCAGGAAGGCCUUCAAAAGCUCCACUACUCAGGACCAGAAGCUCUUCGACAGAGAUUCGCUCCCAGUGCCUGUCCUUGAAACCUAUAAGACCUGCAAUACCCCUCCACCUCUCAACAUUCUGUCACCCUACAGGGAUGAUGGCAAAGAGGCACUUAAAUUCUACACUGAUCCUUCAUAUUUCUUUGACCUUUGGAAAGAGAAAAUGCUUCAGGACACCAAGGAUAUUAUGAAAGAGAAGCGGAAACACAGGAAAGAGAAAAAGGAGAACCCGAACCGAGGAAAUGUGAAUCCGCGGAAAAUCAAAACCCGGAAAGAAGAGUGGGAGAAGCUGAAAAUGGGACAAGAAUUUGUGGAGUUGAAGGACAAACACGGUCCUGCCGGGUACCCCUCCAACAUGGUGUAUCAGAACGGCAGCAUCGGUUCAAAUGAAAGCAUGUACAUGAACUGCUACCCGCCGCCGCCGCAGACUGACUCUAUUGUGCCACCACCUCCUUCAUUCCCAGAUGACAGCCUGCCUCCACCCCCGGUGGAAUUUAGCUAUCCUGUAGACAACCAAAGAGGUUCUGGUUCUGGAGGGACCAAACGAUCCAGCCUGGUUAGCCCGAGUCACCCGCCGCCAGCUCCUCCGAUCGGAUCCCCCUCAGCAGCCAGGCCCGGCUUUGCCCCCUUGGAUGGCCCCCCACCCCCUCCUCCACCCUCAGACACCUCCGCCUCCAAGCCCAAGUCAUCCUUGCCUGCGGUUAGCGAUGCCAGGAGCGAUCUGCUUUCAGCUAUUCGCCAAGGCUUCCAACUCCGCAAGGUGGAGGAACAGCGGGAGCAGGAGAAGCGGGACGUUGUGGGCAAUGAUGUGGCAACAAUCCUGUCACGCCGCAUCGCUGUGGAGUACAGCGACUCUGAGGACGACUCUUCGGAGUUUGAUGAGGACGAAUGGUCGGAUUAACCACGGUCCUGUCCCCUUCUUCUCCUUCUCUCCUCGGUUAACAUCUUAAAGAAUCAGGUGGCCAAACCUUCCACCACUUCCUUUUUUCAUCCCGUAACCAAAGAUGUGCCAAGGGUUUUCAGACAACCAGCAGCAUAUCUCCCCUCUCCCUCCCCCUCCGGCUUUGGCAGGACUUUGUGCUCUGCCUUUCCGAAAGGUCUCCUCACGGACACUGAGGACGUGGUGUUAGGAUUUAGCUGGAUGGGGUAGAACGGUUGCUUAUUUAAGAGAGCGCUAAACCUCCAGAUUCUCGAUGCCACCAGGCAGAGCACACAUAAACCCUCCAUCCUGAGGGAUUUUUAAAGUAAAGAUGGAUGAGCCUGGCACGGCCGCGUGGCCUUUCAGAUGAAGGACAUUUUCAGCUGGUUUUCUCAUUGCAACAGCAGACAGUUGAUCUGAUGGCUCUUCCUUUCCAGUGAAUACUGGUAGUGCUGCAAGAAAAUGGGCUUUAAAUGUCUAUUCUCUGCUGCAUCCCACUGUCAGGUAAUCAGGUUUUGGCAAUAAUGCACAGUUCUUUCCCCUCUGACCCCUUAGUAUUAUUUCCAGACUGCCCUGCGUGGGGUGCGCUGCCUGGCUCUAGGGCUGUGGAGCGCGUUGGGUGCAAUGUGA